AAAGUCGGAGAGCGAACGAGCUUAGUGUUAUCCAGAAUCUGGAGUGACAUAUUAUAAAUCGGUGAUACCCCUCGUUAACGUAGCAUACUAUACUUAUUUCCCCCUCCAUCCUCUCCAAGUCCUUACAUCAUCUCCGCACACAUACACAAGCAAGAUGGAGGAAGAAUCAGGGAAGAUCACGAUUUCCAUCGACCGCGGUGGUACUUUCACCGAUGUCCAUGCCAUCGUACCUGGUCGUCCAGAUAUCAUUCUCAAGCUGCUUUCGGUUGAUCCCGGUCACUAUGAGGAUGCCCCCACGGAAGGUGUCCGUCAGAUCCUCGAGCUCGUAACUGGCGAGCCUCACCCUCGAGGACAGCCAUUGAAGCUAGACCGCAUCGGCAGUUUGCGGAUGGGGACGACAGUUGCCACAAAUGCCUUGCUCGAAAGGAAAGGUGCGCGAUCCGUGCUCUUCACAACGAAAGGUUUCCGAGAUCUCUUGAAGAUCGGCGAUCAAUCGCGUCCCAACAUCUUUGACUUGACAAUGGCCAGGCCUGGUGUCUUGCCAGAAGGCGUGGUGGAGGUUAAUGAGCGUGUCGUGCCCUGCCACCCGUCGGCUGACAAGGACUGCUUUCCCGGCGCCCGCAUUGUCGAAGGUGUGACCGGCGAGAAGUUUCGUGUGGUCCAGGAGCUGGAUCUCGAUGUCGUUCGAGAGGAGCUGCAGAGACUGAAGGAGCAGGGGUAUCAGUCAUUGUCCGUGGCGCUUGUACAUUCAUACGCAUAUCCAGAGCAUGAGCGUCUGAUCGGCGAGCUGGCCGAGGGCAUGGGCUUCUCCGUCACACUGUCUUCCAAGUUACAACCCAUGAUCAAGGUCGUGCCUCGAGGGAUGUCGGCCGCAGCCGAUGCCUACCUCACCCCACGAGAAUGUCGAUUCGAAUUUAUGCAAUCCGACGGUGGCCUGGUUGACUUUCGCCGCUUCAGCGGGCUGAAGGCGAUUCUGUCUGGCCCGGCUGCUGGCGUGGUCGGUUUCGCAGCCACCAGCUACGAUUCCACAGAGAAGAUCCCCGUAAUUGGUUUCGACAUGGGCGGCACAUCCACAGACGUUUCGCGCUUUGCCGGCCAUCUGGAGCAUGUUUUCGGAUCCAAGGUUGCUGGCGUUCUGAUCCAAUCUCCUCAACUCGACAUCAACACCGUAGCAGCCGGUGGAGGCUCCAUCCUCACCUGGCGGAACGGUCUCUUCUACGUCGGUCCCGAAUCCGCGUCGGCCCACCCCGGUCCGGCUUGUUAUCGCAAGGGUGGUCCUCUGACUGUGACAGACGCCAAUCUGUUCCUUGGUCGCCUGCUGCCGGAAUACUUCCCACACAUCUUUGGUCCGAACGAGGACCAGCCACUGGACCUGGAAGCCACUACGAAGCUGUUCAACGAACUCACGGACAAGGUCAACACUGAAAGGAGAGAGAAAGGCCAGCCAGAGUACACUGCGGAAGAGAUCGCCUUGGGUUUCUUGAAGGUGGCGGAUGAGUCCAUGGCUCGUCCUAUUCGCAACCUGACCGAGGCUCGCGGAUAUGAAACUGCUUCCCAUCAUCUGGCUUGCUUUGGUGGUGCUGGUGGUCAGCACGCCUGCUCUGUUGCCGCCUCCCUUGGAAUCUCCCGCAUCAUCAUCCACAAAUACUCCUCCGUCUUAUCCGCCUACGGUCUGGCCUUGGCUGAAGUCGUCAAGGAGUCUCAGGAGCCGGUCUCUGCUGACUACCAUGCCUCGCAGUCGACGCUGCAGAAACGAUUUGACGCCAUGACCAAAGUUGCUACCGAGGAGAUGGUGACACAAGGCUUCCGUGCCGAUCAGGUCCAUCAUGAACUGUACCUCAACAUGCGGUAUGAAGGGUCGGACACCAGCCUGAUGAUCUUGAAGCCGGAGGAGGACUCUGGUUUCCUCGACCAGUUCCGAGAGCGUCAUCGCCGAGAAUUCGGCUUCAACUCGGAGCGAGCAGUCCUCGUUGACGAUAUCCGCGUGCGUACGACCGCCUCUUCCAAAGUGCGGACGGAAAAGAGCCCACUCGUCCAGCUGAAGGAAGCGUCUCUGAAAGACGUCAGUCGCCCGCCUGAUAAUGUCACCAAGGCAUACUUUGAUGGCCACUCCAGCCGCAUCGACACCCCAGUUUAUCUGCUCGAUAAGCUCGAGAAGAGCACCCGUGUGCACGGACCGGCCAUCAUCAUCGACAAGACACAGACCAUUGUCGUCGUACCCAGCGCUGUUGCAAGCAUUCUGGAGACGUGCGUCGUAAUUGAUCUCAAGGACACCAAGACCGAUGCGUCUGCUGCCACCGAUGAAUCAUCCAACAUCGAUCCCAUCCGACUCAGUAUCUUCGGUCAUCGGUUCAUGUCCAUCGCCGAGCAGAUGGGCCGGACGCUGCAGAAGACCUCGGUCUCGACCAACAUCAAGGAGCGUCUGGACUUCUCUUGCGCUCUGUUCUCUCCUGAUGGAGGGUUAGUCGCCAAUGCACCUCAUGUUCCUGUUCACCUGGGCUCGAUGCAGUUUGCUGUCCGGUAUCAGCACCAGAAGUGGUUGGGAAAUCUGAAAGACGGCGACGUCCUCGUUGCCAACCACCCCAGCUGUGGUGGAACUCACUUGCCAGACAUCACGGUACGCUACACUAUUCCAUCCGCUAUUUUGAUGUACUGACAAAUAUCCAGGUUAUUACCCCCGUUUUUGACCGCCCCGGUGGCACUGAGAUCAUGUUCUAUGUGGCGUCUCGCGGCCAUCACGCCGACAUCGGAGGCAUCCUGCCUGGAUCGAUGCCUCCUAAAUCCACCGAGUUGUGGCA